AUGGAGAGAGGAAAUGCAACAUGGCAGUCAGAUUUUAUCCUCCUCGGACUUUUCCCUGGUAACAGACACCCCAGCAUUCUCAUCUCCAUCAUCCUUCUCAUCUACUUCAUUGCAGUUGUAGGAAAUUCUACCCUUGUCCUCCUUAUCUGGGUGGACUCUAGGCUCCACACGCCCAUGUACUUUCUGCUAAGUCAGCUCUCUCUCAUCGACCUGGCUUAUGUUUCAAGCACAGUACCCAAGAUGGCUACUAAUUUCUUCUCUGGGAGCAGAACCAUUUCACGUGUUGGCUGUGGUGCUCAGAUGUUCUUCUGGCUGAUGUUAGCUGAUGCAGAAUGCAUCCUGCUGACUCUCAUGGCUUAUGAUCGCUAUGUGGCUGUGUGUAAUCCUCUGAGAUAUCCAACCAUCAUGAAUCCCAGGGUGUGCAUCCAGAUGGCUGUUGGGUCCUGGAUUGGAGGUAUGCUGAAUUCCUUGGCACAGACAAUUUACACAAUGCAUUUCAACACAUGUGAAAACCGAGAAAUCAACCACUUCUUCUGUGAGAUGCCUGCCAUUCUGAUGCUCUCCUGUGAGGAUACCUUAGGAUACCUAAUGGUUAUAAUGGUUAUGAGCAUCAUUUUUAUUACUGUGCCGCUAUCUCUAAUUACAGCCUCCUACAUUCGCAUCUUCCUCACUGUUCUUAGAAUGAACUCUCAUGAAGGAAGAAAAAAAGCCCUGGCCACGUGUUCUUCCCAUUUGACUGUGGUAAGUCUCUACUUGGGUCCAAGCACAGUGGUGUAUAUGACACCUGGCUCCUCCCACACCCCAGAGCUGGAUCAAGGUCUCUCCGUGUUCUAUACCAUCCUCACUCCCAUGCUGAACCCUCUCAUCUACAGCUUGAGGAACAAGGAGGUAGUGGGAGCUCUGAAGAAAGUCAUGGGCAGUAGCUGGGUUGUUCAAUAA